AUGGCAAGCUCUAAUACAGAUCAUUUGUCCCCUUUAAUGUCGCAAUUGACGGAAACAAUAACGUUCGAUGUUAGUAUAGACGUGAUGCAAAAUUCAGAGUUUCAAGAAUUUGUUAAGAAAGUAAAAGAUUCGCAGCAUGUCAUCAUUAUCAUGAAUGAAACUCAUGAAAUGAUAAUCAUUAACGGAAGGAAAUCAUCCGUUAAAACUUCGAAAGUACAAAUUCAGAAUAAAAUUCCUAAACUACUUGGUAUACCAAGAAAGGAAAAAGGAAACGACCCUAACAAUGACCCACGCAGUUCAAGUGGCAGUCCUGUUGAAUCAAAGUUAUGGGAUACGAUUGAAUUGAGCAUAGCCGAAAAUGAUUUCCUUGUAAAUUUUGACCAAAAAAUACUAAAUACAAUUGAAAAAGAAUCAGGCAUUAAUAACGCAAGUAUGGUGAAUGGCAAAUUAAAAUUAUCUGGAAAUAAUGUUCCAAUUACAAAAAUAAAAUCUUUUCUUGAAAAAACACUUUAUGAAAAAAAGGUGUCAAUUACUCAUGGAUUGAAACAACAUCUGGAAUUAAAUUGUAAAGGACGCCUCUGGAAAGAUUUUUCAAAAAGACAUCAUGUAGGAACUUCUUUCGAAGACCCAAGAUUGCAUAAAAAAAACAACGGUAAUAAUAGUAAGAUUAAAAACUCUCGUUUUGGACGAGUAAGACUUCAAGACGAUCAACCAAUGCAAAAUACUAUUCGAGAUUUAAGGAACAUGACCAUGAAUGAUCAUCAUGAAAAUACAAGUAAAAGGGAUAGCAAUGAUCUCGGACAAGGUAACAGAAGAGAACGAUACAAUGCCAAAAAUACAGAAUAUGAAGGUGCAACAAAUCAAGAAGAAGAUAAUGACGAUGAUAAGAAUAGUCAAAUUUCAGAUUCUGAUAUGUCGUUGUCAUCACAUUUUUCAACUGAUACUUUCAAUAUGGAUAAUUUUCAUGAUCGUGCUGAACAACGUGUUGAAAUAACAUUGUGCAGUGAUUCUGAAGUUUCUCUAUCUAACGCUAUAGUAGAAUUACAAAGCUACUCUUUCUGCAUAGAAUCAUGGACACUCACAGAAGAAGAAGUAAGAUUUAUUUUAAAACAACAACAGCAUGGUAAACCUAUGAAAAACUACAUGCCAAUUGAAGUAAAAUCUAAAGAAAUUACAUUGUAUCUUCUUCAUUCGGCAAAAAAUCCUUUCAUACACAUGUUCAUACAUUACACAAGAGGUAUGUGGAAUGUGAGAGUAAGUGGAUUUAAAUCAGACGUACAUAAUGCAGUACUUAAAAUCAAAAAUUAUUUCAAUGAUGUAGUUCAAACUGAAGUACAAAUUCCUAUUUCAAAUACUAUGGCAUUUUUUCUUAAAAAAAAAGCAUCUUCUGAUAUAGACAGACUGCAAAAUAUUCACAAUAUUAAGAUCAUACGUUUUUCUCCAUCUCAGCACGCUCGUAAUACGGAUGGAUAUGAUAAUGAUAAUUGUUGUUUAAAACUGAUUGGUCCUGUCGCACGUAUUAAUUUAGCACAAACAGAAGUUCAAAAUUAUCUGGAAAAUUUAUCAGAACAAGAACAAGAUUUUUCAUGUGACUCAUGGGAUAUUUCAAACAGUAUAUCCCAAAAUAUCCUAAAACUUUUGACGAAAAUUCGAGAUUCAGAUGAUUAUGAAGCAGUCGGAUUCGUAAAGUUUUAUAAUUCAUCCAUCGAAAGGAGUCAAACAACACCGAAAGUUACUAUUACAUUGGUUGCUUUAAAUGAAGAAAUAGCAGAUGAUAUUAUUCAACAAUGUAAAGAUUUCAUUGAAGGAUAUAUUGUAUGGAAACCAUCUUUGGCUGAAUAUCGCAUCCUACAUAACAUAUUACUAGUACAGAAACGACCGAAUAUUUUUCAACUUCAACAAGAAUGGGAUACAAAGAUACAGCUUGAUAAUACAACAAAUAUCAUUGUUAUUCCUGCACGAUCAAGAAUUAUCGCAGAUGAAAUACAAGAAACUUUGCAGAAUUUAGCAGUAGGAAAUCUAAAUCGGAUCGCUCGUGUUUCAGUAACUAUUCCUAUUCAGCUCAAUAUGCGUCGUUUUGUUUAUCAAGCUAUUGCACCUAUACUCGAAGAAGCAAAAAGGCAAAAAGUUUUUCUUGGUUCAAAAAAUCCACUUGGACUAACGCUCCAUGGUCGUUCUGAAGCUAUUAAUUCAGUUCAAGACAAAAUCAAUAAUGUUAUCAUAGAUAUUAAACAAAAACUUGUUACAAAUCGUUUUAAAUUACCAUUUCCCGAAUCAGAAUUACUUCGAGUUAAUUCAUACGAAAUUCCGAGACGUAUUGAACGUGAAACUAAUACUGUCAUUCGAGAUGUUAAAAUAGAUAUGAAAUCAAAUUCAAAUGACCAUAAUGAUGAUAUCAACUUGAUUCUUACAUGUGUUGGAAACAGUCGUGGUCAAACAAUUCUUGUUAAGAAAGGCGAUAUUACUAAGGUCAAAGAUGUUGAUGCUAUUGUAAAUGCUGCAAAUGGACCUCUGGAACAUGCAGGAGGUGUAGACAAAGCGAUUUCUGAUGCUGCUGGUCCUGCACUUGAUCAAGAAUGUAAAGAAUUAAUUGCUAAAAAUAGAAAUCUACCAAUACCUACUGGUACUGCAGUUAAAACAACAGCUGGUUAUCUUCCUUAUAAAGCUGUUAUCCAUGCCAUUGGUCCUCGAUAUGCUGAUGGUGAUCAACAAAAAUGUUCGUUAUUAUUUUCCAGUGUUUUGUCGAGUUUACGACUUGCUGAACAAGAAGGCUAUAAUAGUGUAGCAUUACCAGCCAUCAGUGGUGCUACUUACGGUUUUCCAUUACAAGAGUGUACAGAUAUUAUAAUUCGUGCAAUAAAACAAUUCUUUGCUGAUUUUCCACAAUCAAAUUUGAGAAAAGUAAUAUUGUUAGACAUUGAUGAUGCAGCAUGUAGUUCAUUUGCACGUGAAGUUACAAAUUAUCGCACAAAUACGGAUGCAAACAAUGAUGAUGAUAUUACGUAUUGCAAUUUACCUCCGCUAACGGCUCGAUGGUGUUGGCUAGAUGAUAAUGGCGAAAAAAAUUAUGAUGACGAUCAUAUGCGUCAAAUCGAAGAUGCAUUACAACAACAUUUGCAGACUUCUGUUCCAUCGACAUUGAUACUUGAUUGUGAUAAUUUAAAAACUGGUAAUAUUAUACGCUAUAGUAUCCAUUUUCUUCCUAAUUUAAGUCAGGUAUUAACAAUCAAUCCAUCUGCACUAGAUAAUCGCUUUGUAUGUGGAUACCAAAAGCGUGAAGAUACUCGUUUUCCACGAAAUAUUAUUCGUUAUCCAUUACCAGUACAACCACAAACUACAUCUGUUGCAUAUAAACCCAAACCAUUGGAUAAAUAUCAUUUAAAUGUCCAGUCCAGAGAAGACGAGUGGGACAUAAUCGGUAUUACGAAUGAAGAAGUAAUACAAGCAGAGAAAGCGAUUAAAAAAGCCAUUGAAUCUGCUACUAUUUCGGAACCUUUCUCCAUAAAUCUAAGCGAAGAUAUUGAUGCUCAUAAGACAGCAAUUAAUAAUAUUGCAAUUCAACAAUACAUUAAGGUUGAUUUUAGACAAGAUUCUACCGGAAAUUUAUCAUUGAUAUUGAAUGGCUUACAGCAAAAUGUAUUACAAGCAAAACUACAAAUUUCUUUAUAUGUACAAGAUAUUUUGAGGAUGGAAGUUGAUAAAGACAAUGAAUUGAAUAUACCCAAUGAAUGGGGCGAACAAGAAGAACAAUGUAAAUUAGUUGAAUUACCUAAAAAUCAUCCUGAUUUUAUUCGUAUCGAAAAUCGAAUGAAAGAGACAAUCAGCAAUGUGAAAAUUGAUAAGAUUGAAAGAGUACAAAAUUUAAGAUUAUGGAAUCAUUAUGCAUUUCGUCGUCGAACUCUUCGACAAGAAUUAAGUAAUAAACCAAAUUUACAAAUUGAAAUGGAAUUAUUUCAUGGCACUCGCGCGACACUGCCUAGUGAAAUUUAUAAUGGUGAAUGUGGCUUUGAUUUGUCCUAUUGUACAAGUGGUUUAUGGGGUCUCGGCACAUAUUUUGCUAUGAAUGCUUCAUAUUCCUGUCAAAGUUAUUCUUACGGACUGACUGGUGGUAAACGCCAAGUAUUUCUUGCUCAAGUAUUAACAGGAGAUGUUUUUGAUUAUAAAGACAAAAAUGAUCCAACAUUACGUCGAGCUCCGAAGAAAAAUGAACGUAUAUCUGGUGGCAAACGUUACGACAGUGUAUUAGGGGAAACAGGAGGGAGCAAAGUCUACAUUGUAUUCGAAAAUCGUGUCGCUUAUCCAACGUUUUUGAUUACAUUUACUCAAUGA